CGAAAGGCGGAAGAUGCGGGCGUGGAUGAGGUGGAAGCAACAACUUUCAAGAUCAUCGGUACAAACAAGCUAAACCGUCCAUUUGUUGUUAUUGUUAAAUAUAAAUAUUGGACAGUGAUGCGGCGCGUCAUUUGCCUGCGUUGCUUACAUAUCUGUUUCCUGACAGUAGCGCUUCUCUCCGUCCUCGGCCAACCUGAACCAAAAAAUGUCAAGCUGGGAGGAAAACUUAACCUGAUACCAGAUGCUUCCAUGUCCUCAGAAAACAUCACCAGCCUUUCGUGGAAACAUAGGGAAAAUUUGGUGGUAGAGUGGAACGACGUCUUGGGAGAGAUGUCUUAUGGGCGAUUUAAAGGACGGACAAGAAUAAAUCAGAGAACUGGAGAGUUGGUUAUUGCUGAUUUAACCAAAGACGACGGUGGGGAGUAUUCUGUGGAGGUCAAUGGAGUCCUUCUGGAAAAGAAAUAUGAGGCUAUCUUGAUCAAGGCAGUGCCAAAGCCCUCUGUGGUGGUCCAGCCACUGGUGUGUACUUCCACUUCCUCCUCCUGUACGCUGAGUUGUAAUGGGGUCAUCACAGGGGCAGGAUCAGUCACCUACAGCUGGAAAGAAAAUGGAGGACAGUGGGAGGUGUCUGAGCAGCAGAAGAACAUCAGCAACACUGAUGAAACAAGGACAAUUGAAAGCUUCUCCUGUCAACUGAGGAAUGGAGUCAGUGUUGAAGAGAGUGAGCCCUGCCGUAAUCCAUUCUUUGUCUCAGGUACAGCAGCCACGACUGCAGUCAUUGUUUUGGUGGUGCUGGCGGUACUGACGGUGGUGGUGGUGGUGGCGGCUGUUGUCUUACGGAAGCAUCAACCUACCAGAGACAGGAUUUGGUCGUCAAUAGAGCAGAUAGACUGCCUCAAAGGGUUGGUCACCUCUCCCACCCAAGCACCCGAGCAGCCUUUACCCGGGGAGCCUGCCAGUUCAGAGCCCUUCUUAUCCACGGGCAAUGGUGCCACAGCCCUGCCCCUUGAACCAAGGAGAUCCACCAAUGCCAAGCCACCAGACUCGGAGCCGCCUGGACGUGAAGACGGAUCUUAAGAGCCACACUGUUCUACUGCUUUUAACAGCCCCCAUCCAGAUCAGGACGUAGUCCAAGAACACUGUCUUACCAUCCUUCUCUGUGACAGACACUCGCUUUUAAUUGUUGCUUUGGAAUCACUGAGGACGCUGGUGCUUUUCUUUUUUUUCAUAUUUAUAGUUUUAUUGGCUUAUAGCAUCUGAAAUGAAUGCGUCUCUAAACACUUGUGUCAGACAAGUACUCGCUCGCUUACAUCCCUCAUCUUCAUGUUAACAUAAUGACACAUCUGCCAAUCCCCAUACGAGUCUUGUUUUCUAAUGACUGCUUCUCUUUAAGCAUUUCAAAGCUCAGCAGUGUGCCUUCUUUCAUCGUACUGCACAGAGCUGUUACUCCUUCCGCCGUCCACUCCUCACAUCUGCUGGGGAGCUGGUUUGGUGUAAAAGCUGAGCUACACGCAUCUCCCUCUAGUUUCUGUUCAUGUUUGGAGAGUGCCUUUCACCCAGGGGGUCUCCAUAGUAUUUAUAUAUCGUUGUAGAUUGUUAUCAGGGCACGGUGGUGCGGUCGCCUCAAAGCAAGAAGGUCCUGGGUUCGAGUCCCGGGGUAGUCCAACCUUGGGGGUCGUCCUCUGUGUGGAGUUUGCAUGUUCUCCUUGUGUCUGCGUGGGUUUCCUCCGGGGGCACCGGUUUCCUCCCACAGUCCAGACACAUGGAGGUCAGGUGACUCAAAGACAUGGAGGUCAGGUGACUCGGCCGUACUAAAUUGUCCCUAUGAAUGAAAGGGUGUGUGUGUGUGUGUGUGUGUGUGGGCCGGCCCUGUGAUGGCCUGGCGGUCUGUCCAGGGUGCCUCCCCACCUGCCGCCCAGUGACUGCUGGGAUAGACUGCAGCAUCGCUGGGAGCAGGAUAGGCGGUUCAGGUGAUGGGUGGGUGGACUGUUAUCAGCUAGACUGCCAGUGUGGGGAGGGAAGGUGCCCUCUCCUCCGUGUUCUUCCAUUGACCAGCACAUGAUGGCUUGCACCAGCAUAUCAUAGCUCUCAGCUGUGCUGCAAAAUGAUCAUCUCUAACCCAGUACCAAGAUCAUUCAUUUCGAGACGUCUCUUUGGUUUCCAGGUUUAAACUGUACCAUGGCUCACUUGCUGACUCCUUCAGGGACUGAUGAUGUGCUGACGCACUUCACAAUCAUUAAUGUCCCACAUGCUGCAGAGUUGAUGCUGUGCUUUUGCUACUUCAUUGCUGUUUUACUUCUGGUUUAUGUUUGAGUUAUUUUCUCUUUUUUCCCCUUCUUCCUGUUUUGGUCUUUUGUACUUUAUCAUUUGUAUUUAGGUUCCUUAAAGAAACUCACACCCAACUAGCGGGGCAUAUGUGCUGAUAACCUUCACCAACACACCUUCGAUUUCCAGCUUCAUACUCAUCACUCUGUCUGACACUCUCUUCACCUCCAGCACGCUCUUGACAUACUCUUCCUUCAGAAUUACCCCUACCCCAUUACUCCUCCCAUUCACACCAUGGUAGAAGAGUUUGAAGCCUCCUCCGAUACUCCUGGCCUUACUCCCCUUCCACCUGGUCUCUUGCACACACAGUAUACCUACCUUUCUUCUUUCCAUCAUGUCAGCCAGCUCUCUCCCUUUACCAGUCAUAGUGCCAACAUUCAAAGUUCCAACUCUCACCUCCACACUCCUACCCUCCCUCCUCUCUAGCUGCCUCUGGACAUGCUUUCCUCCUCUCCUUCUCCUUCGCCCAACAGUAGCAUAGUUUCCACCGACACCCUGCUGGUUAACAGUACCGGUGGCGGUCGUUGGUAACCCGGGCCUCGACCGAUCCGGUAUGGAAAUCUUAGUUAUGAUCCGCAUAUUUGAUUUGGCAAAGAUUUGACGGCGGAUGCCCUUCCUGACGCAACCCUCCCCAUUUGUCCGGGCUUGGGACCGGCACUAAGGAUGCACUGGCUUGUGCAUCCUCAGUGGCUGGGUUGCUUAAGUAGCUACAUCAAACUUGCCAAAAUCCAGACCCCUUAUUCUGCAAAACGCCACAGGAAAGUUGGGCUGUCCAGAACACCA